AUGGAUUUUGAGGGAUUUACAUAUAAAGAGUUUCUUUUGUGGCUUAUGAAAUUAACCAAUGGAGCCUGUGAUAAUGUCUACUACUGUAUAAGAAAGGAAAGCUUAUGUGAGGGUAUUAGAAGAAUCGACAGCGAUGCUGAUUAUUGGGAGUUUGUGGAAACUGUUUAUAGUUUGGAGAGUGAUAGUCUUGAGAGUGAGUUAGAUGUGUACAUUGACCACCGAAAUGAACCAAUUCUUGAUUGGGCUGAUAACGAGUUCUUAGCAGGUGGUAAAGGGUAUGAGUCGGAUGAGUUGGAUGAAGAGGAUGACAAGGAUUCUGAAGUUUCAAUGACAAUGGAAUAUGAACAUGAAUGGGAUGAUGAAGAGGAACAUACUUUUGAUAAAACUGUUGGAGACCCAUUCUUGGACAAACUUUCAGGGCAUGUUAGUGAUGAUGAUGAAGAGGAAGCAAAAAAUGGGAAGCUUAAGGAUGUUGUAUUCCCUAUCCAUAAUGAGAAUCAAGAAUGGGAGCAAAUGGUGCUAGUUUUGGGUAUGAAGUUUUCUAAUCCAUUGGAAUUGAAGUUGUGUAUCACCAACUAUGCAGUAAAAAAUGGAUAUGAUUUAUGGUAUGAGAAAAGUGAUCAUGAAAGAAAUGCAAGGAAGUAUGCAUUUCAGGAGAUAGAGGGUACUUUGAAAGAACAUUAUGCAAAAACAUGGAGCUAUGGAGAAGAGAUAAGAAGGACUAACCCUGGAUCAACAGUGAAGAUGGAUGUAGAUGUCAUGCCUGAUGGAACCACAUAUUUCUCAAAGUUUUAUGUUACAUUGGCACAUGAAGUUGAUAUUGAUAGUGACAAUGAAGUUGAAAUAGAACCUGAAAGUGAUGUUGACUCUUUUGAUCUUGAAUUUGAAAAUGAUGUGCAACCUGAAGUUGAAGAUGGAGUAGAACUUGAAGUCCAAGAUAGAGUGCAACAUAAAGUUCAAGAUGAAGUGCAAGUUGAAGUUGAACCUGAAAUUCAUCCUGAAGUUCAUGAUGAUAACCAAAUUGAAGUUCACCCUGCAGUUCAAGCUGAAGUUGAACCUGAAGUGCAAAGUUCAAGUUGA